CUCCUCCUCCUGCCGUCUCCUCUUCUCCCACUCGUCCUCCUCCUCCUCUUCUUGCCCCUUCCUCUCUCACUAUUCGCCUCCUCCUUCGCCUACAUCGCAGGGACCGUGGCCAUUUGCGCCGUCAGCCAAAGUCACCUGCGGCAUCGCGGGCGCCGGGAGCUCCCUCCUCACUCGCCGCCGGCCUCUUGCGCCGCAGCGCGGGCCCCGCUGGGGUGGUGCCGAGUCCACAGUCGCACUCGGUCCCAAGCUGGGCUCGGUCAUUGGGAGCGUCCAGAGGGGGCUGUGGGAGACAACGCGAUGCCGCCGCUGCUGCUGCUGCUGCUCGUGGUGGUGGUGGUGUCUCUUCUGGUUGCAUCUUCCCGCCUCUUCGCCCGCUCUCGCCCUGACCCCGGGAAGGGCAGCGGGGUUGGGGGCAGCGACAGGGCAGCAGGGCCUGCCGGUGCUGCUGCUGCCCUUACGGCUCCGCCCUGCCUGCCCUGCCUGCCCUUGCUGGGCAGCCUGCACAUGCUCGCCGGGCGCGGCGCUCUGCACUUGACGCUGCACGAGCUCGCCAAGCGGCACGGCCCCGUGUUCGCGCUGCGCCUGGGAGCGCACCGCGCGCUGGCGGUGUGCGCCCUGGGCCCCGCGCGGGAGGUGCUGCUGCGCAAGGGACGCGCGUUCGCGGGGCGAGCUCGCAUGGUAAGCACGGACCUGGUGAGUCACGGAGGACGCGACAUCGCCUUCGCGGACGCGAGCCCCGCGUGGCGCUUCCACCGCAAGGUGGUGCACUCCGCGCUGUACGGGGCCAGGCCGCCCGGGGAGGACUCCCUCCACGACAUCGUGAGCCGGGAGGCGCGGGGCCUCGUGGCCUGCCUGGAAGCCGCGGGGCGCAGUGGGGCGCGCGCCGUGGACCCGGAGCCGUGGGUGGCGCGCGCGGUCACCGCCGCGAUGCUCGCGCUCGUGUUCGGCGCCGCGGACCCCAGGGCCCCCGGGGCCCCCGAGGCCCCCGAGGUGGAGCGCGUGCUGCACUUCAACCGCGGCAUCGUGGAGACCGCAGCCCGAAACCACCCCGUGGACCUCUUCCCCUGGCUCCAGGUGUUCCCCAUUGCGCACCUGAGGCGACUGCGCGCGUGUGUGGCCGUGCGAGACGACUUCCUGCAGCAGAAGCUCAACGAGCACAAGGCCACGGGACCCGAGCACGGAGCGCGCGCGCUGCUCUCGCUGCUGCUGGAAGCGCGGCGCGAGGCGGAGCGCGGCGAGGAGGGUGCAGGGCAGGGUGCAGCGGAGGGUGCAGGGGAGGGUGCAGGAGGCGGCGAGCCGAGCGCGCUGCAGCAGCACGCGCGCCGCCUCACCGACGACCACGUGAUGAUGACCGUGGCCGACGUCUUCGGCGCCGGCGUGGAGACCACGGUGACGUCACUGCGGUGGCUCCUCGCUUACCUGGUGCACCACCCCGAGGUGCAGGCGCGAGUCCACGCGGAGCUGGACGUGGUGGUCGGGGCGGAGCGCGCCCCCCGCGCCUCGGACCGCACCGCGCUCCCGCAGCUCGCGGCGGCCAUCCUGGAGACGCAGCGCGUGCGGCCCGUGGCGCCGCUCCUCAUCCCGCACGUGGCCAUGGAGGACACCUCGGUGGGGAAUUUCGCGGUUGCCAAGGGAACGCGCGUGCUCGUGAACAUGUGGUCCAUCCACCACGACGAGACGGCGUGGCCCGACCCCGAGCGCUUCGACCCAGGCCGCUUCCUGCGCUGGGAGGGGGGGCGGCUGCAGGCGGGGGCCCCCGAAGGUUCCUCCUUCCUGCCGUUCGGGGGGGGGCCCCGCGUGUGCCUGGGGGAGCCCCUCGCACGCCUGCAGCUGCUGCUCAUGUCCGCCGCCCUGCUGCAGAGGUUCCGCUUCGAGGCCCCCCGAUCCGGGGUGGGGGGCGCCCUCCUGCUCCCGGACCUGGCCGGCGAGUGCGGGGUGGUGCUGCACCCACGGCCCUACCUGCUGCACGCCGUUCCCAGGCCCCCCCCCCCCCAAGUAGCGGGCCACAGGGGAGGAGGCCCUAGGAGUUGA